AUGGGUCGGAAGCACAAGCGUCGCCUGAUACCGGAACAGGAUCGCAGGAUAUGCGGCAGCAUCUGCUUCUGUCAGUUCACCAUUGUCAUCAGCUGCGUGGCGUUGGUUUAUCUGAGCGUGGCAAUCUAUAUGCCGUCCCACAGAGCCUUUCACGCCGGGAUCGAUCCCGAUCCAGUCAUGUGCCAAACCGUUAAUACCACCUUAACUAAUAAUUGCGGCUGGGCGAGCUGCGGAGAAUGGUGCUUGACGAGAACCACCGGAUUUUGCCCCCAGAUCCACGCGACCGUAAGGAGAAAUGGGACGGACAUCGUUUUCGAGAACUGCACGAAAUUCGGCAGCAUAUCCUGCCCACAGGUGAACAUAGCGUCACUGAAGAGAUACAAUUGCAACAAUGGCAGCGAGUGCAGCGUACUCUCAGGGGUGUUCAAUUGCAGCCUUGGCCACUGCGUGAACAUCAGCGAGCUAAUGUUGUGCCAUCACAAGGCUGACGGCAUGGUCGUGGACAGCGAGAAGGACAACAUGAAGCUGAAUGGCUACUUCAGCUGUCAGAACUCGAGAUGCACGAAAAUCAAGAGCCCCUUCACCUGCGAUCGUUACUGCCCGAAGAUCGCGACGUCUGACGUGAACGUGUUCCUCAUGGAGGACGACAACGUCAUCGUCGCGAAAUGCGAACGCGGCCUAGCUUUGAACAAAGCGAAUGGAAAUCUGCCUGGCACCAGGCUAACCACGCCUGUGCAAGUUUGGGAUAGCCGGAAUGGAAGCAUCAUUGCCAGCUGCUUGGUGGUGACUCAAGAGAUGAACGAAGUAAGCACGCAGGACUGCGUGAACGGCACGUUGUUAAAGGACAUCCAGGUGCCUCAGCCUAGCAUCAACUUCACGAGCUUUCUGACUAUAUACGAGAAGAGCUUGCAGUACCCGUUGGAUCCGACGAACGACUACGUGCCGGCGCAACGAUCGCUCACGAUCUACAAUAGUUCUCGCCUCUAUAUCAACUUCGAGGGUUGCGUCAACACCCUGAAAGGGGAAUGUAAAGAUUUCCUCGCCAGUCAUGGCCGGGACGGCGACAAUCAGACGGCGCAGAGCAGAUACCCCUGUUACUACAACAAGAACAACUCGUUCCUAGUCGUGGCACGUUUCGACCUGAACAAGACGCGGACCGAAUUGCUGAUCGCCAUCAUCGUGCCCUCGGGCCUGUUCGUGAUCAGUCUGACGACGCUGGUUAUCAUAACGCGGUCGGUGCAGGUGGGCGACGACGCGAAAAUGCGUUGCCGUUACUGCGUCGACAAGCAAGAGGUCGAGGGCGAGGACGAAGGACUGGUCGAGGCUACACCCUCGUCGUCGCAAGGUCAGGUGAACGAGAACGAGAUCAAAAGCAUGGCACUUUAGCAGUUUAAGCCA